AUGACUGAAGUGCGGAAGAACAAGUCAUUUGCCAAUGUGAAUCAUCCUGAAGAGGAGAAGGCGGCGGCGUCAGCGGCCACCGGCGAAGAUGGCUCCAUCAACGGCGAGGAGUUUCACUGGCAAAUCGUCGCCCGCAUUCUCUUCAUCUACGCAAAGCUGAACCCCGGCCAGGGCUAUGUGCAAGGCAUGAAUGAGAUCGUCGGUCCACUGUACUACGUUUUUGCCAACGAUCCAAAGGACAACUGGAGUGAUCACACCGAGGCGGACACCUUCUGGUGCUUCACGAGCUUAAUGAGCGAAAUUCGGGACAUCUUCAAUAAGCACGCCGACUCGGACCGAGCAACAGGCAUUGUCAGUCUGAUGAAUCGCCUUCUGGGCAUUCUCUCGAAGGAGGACUACGAGCUGGCGCAGCAAAUCAACCUGAAGCAGGGCAUCAAGCCGCACUACUACGCCUUCCGGUGGAUCACACUGAUGCUCUCGCAGGAGUUUUCAUUGCCAGAUGUUUUAAGGUUAUGGGACUACCUCUUCUCCGAUGAGCAUCGAUUCGAGUUUCUCCUCAAACUGUGCUGCUCAAUGAUUCUCAUUCUACGCGAUGACCUGAUGUCAGGCGACUUUGCGUCCAACAUUAAGCUCCUGCAGAGCUUUCCCGACUCGAUUGAGUACUCGCACGUGGUGGCCCGUGCAAAGACGAUCAUCAGCAGCGGUGGUGGCGGAAGCAGUUGA